UGAAUUUCAUUGUUCGUUCACAAUUUUUAGAGUUUUCGUUUUAGUUCAGUUUUGUCUAAUUUUAUUGACACUUUCCCUUAGUGGAAAGACGGUUAUGUGAAGUACGUUUGAGAAGAUCUGCCUUAACCGCAGUACGUCUCUUUGCCUCUUCCAAAUUAAAAGGGCAAAGAAACUAGACCGAAGCCUUUUCACAAAAAAAAUUAGAGUCCCGUUAUUACAUAACGACUUUAUUACCCGACUCGACAAUAGAAAGAGUUUGUAAAUGAUCAGGGAAAAGCCAGUAAAAAAUACCACUUCUUCUUUACUCUCAGAAGCAGAAUCAUGAGGGCCAGCUGCUUGACAGCUGUUCUUCAAAACAUUCCCCAUCAACGUCUGUGUUUAUUUGAUUCUGCAAGAAUAUAUAAUGCCAAUCCCUUUUGUAUGACAAUUGACCGUUGUUCUGAAUGUGUUCAGUCCAGUUCAGUUGAAUCUGUUCAACUGAAGGACAGGAGUGGGAAUACCUAUAGAUGAAGUCAUCUUUCCACUGGUCUGUGGUACCGGGAGAAUCUGAGAUGUUCUGUUCAGGGCACUGCUUUUUGACAAUAUUCCGGGUAUACAAGCAACACCAUCGCCAUCGUUUAAGAUGCAUAAUAAAACACGUAAGAUAGUUUUGAUUCUUGAGUUACAUGACCAUGAAAAGGAGGACUGGUUCCUCUGAAAAUACAGUGGUGCGUGUGUGUGUGUGUUUGUCCUUUUGUGUGCCACUUGUAUGUUGUGUGCAUAUUUUUUUUACGUGUCUGUUUAUGUAUGUGCAUAUUGGUUUUGUGUGUGUAUGUGCAUAUCGGUUUCGAGUAUGUGCAUAUCGUUUUUUUCAAGGUGUGUGUGUGCGUUUGUUUGAGUGUGUAAGUGUGAGCGUGUGUGUGUGUAUGCAACUCGUUCAAGCCUCGACUUGUCACUUGUUACGUUAGUGUAGUGUACGUUGUGUUUAUUUUGGGGUAAGCUCAACGUUUUAAUAGCCACGCCCAGCUUCAGGUGUUUCCCAUUAGGUCGACCCAGCCCCGCCUGCGGCACAAACAACGGGGCUGACGGCAGGGAGAAGGCGGUGACAUCAUCACAUCGCUCCACAGAUUGGAACGUUCCAGGCCUGAUCUCCAGCUAACGCCCGCCAUGGCAGACGCAGACGCCGCCGUGCCCCCCGUCGUGGUCCCCAGCUCGGCCCCGCCCCCGGCCCCUCCGGGCGGCGCCCCUCCCAAGGUGACGCACCAUGGCCGCGUGGCUGCCCCCGUCGCCAGCUCCAACGAGGACACGGAGGAGCUCCCCGAGUUUGAGCCUUUCGGGGCUCCGGGGCCGAGGGGCUUCCCGUCGCUGGCUGAGUACCUGGACAUCUCAAAGGUGGACAUGAUGAAGAAACGGGGCGAGAUCAACCACCAGCAGCACCACACGGACCGCUUCAACACCGACUUCCUGAUCGUUCGCAGGGGCCAGGAGUUCCAGGUCAAGAUCACCUUCAACCGGCCCUACGACGCCGACAAGGACAAUUUCGCUGUGGAGUUUGGCAUUGGCCCCAGCCCCCAGUUCAGCAAGAGGACCUACAUGCCGGUGUUCCCCACCCCGGAGCGGCAGAGCCCUUGGGCGGGCCGCGUGGUGGUGGCCGCCGGCCCCGAGGUCACCAUGGGGAUCACACCCAUCGCCGACGCCAUCGUCGGGCGCUACCGCCUGUACGUCGCCGUGGUGACACCCUACGGCAUCCGCAGGACCCGUCCGGACGACAGCCGCGACCUCUACAUCCUGUACAACCCCUGGGUGAAGGAGGAUGUGGUGUUCCUGGAAGACGAGGAGGAGAGGGAUGAGUGCGUGCUCAACGAGUCAGGGGUCAUCUACCACGGCACCUGGGACGACAUCGCCGAGCGCAACUGGAACUUUGGCCAGUUUGACUUCGGAGUUCUGGACGCCUGUCUCUACGUCAUGGACCGGGCUGGGAUGCCCAUUGUCAAUCGAGGUGACCCAGUCAAGAUGGCCAGGAUAGCCUCUGCCAUGCUGAACUCCCGGGACGACGACGGGGUCCUGGUGGGCAGCUGGAGCGGGGACUACUCCUACGGCGUGGCGCCCACUUCCUGGACUGGCAGCACCGACAUCCUGUUGAGCUACUACCGCACCCGCAAGCCGGUGGGCUACGCGCAGUGCUGGGUGUACGCCGCCGUCUUCAACAGCUUCCUGCGUUGCUUGGGCAUCCCGGCGCGCGUGGUCACCAACUUCUACUCUGCCCACGACAACGACGGCAACCUGAAGACGGACAUCAUCCUGGACGAGAACGGCCGCAUCGACCGCAAGAACACCCGCGACUCCAUCUGGAACUACCACUGCUGGAACGAGUGCUUCAUGGCGAGAGCAGACCUUCCUACUGGCUUCGGGGGCUGGCAGGCCGUGGACGCCACGCCACAGGAGACCAGCGACGGAAUGUUCCGGUGCGGUCCGGCGUCUGUCCGAGCCAUCAAACACGGAGAACUGUGCUUCCCCUUCGAUGCCGCCUUCGUCUUCGCAGAGGUGAACAGCGACGUGGUGUUCCACAGCCGGAAGAGGGACGGCACCAUGGAGGUGGUGAAGGUGAAGAAGGACCACGUGGGCCGGCUGAUCCUCACCAAGGCCACAGGCUCCUACGACAGCCGCGACAUCACCGAGCUCUACAAGUUUCCCGAAGGCAGCGUGGAGGAGCGCACGGUGCUGGAGAAGGGCGAGGUGUACGGCUGCGCCCGGGACCAGAGCACCCUGCCCGAGGCGGACGUGGAGCUGCGGCUGCCGGCCCUGGAGGUGGCGGUGGGCGACGACUUCGAGCUCUGCCUGGAGGCGGUGAGCCGCAGCGGGGAGCCGCGCACGGUGGACGCCUACAUCACGGGCAGCGUGGUGUACUACACUGGGGUCACCAGCGCCGACUUCGUCUUCAAGACCCCCACCCUGGAGCUGGAGGCGAACCAGAGUGUGAAGGAGCUGUGGCAGGUCCCCGCCCGCUCCUACAUGAAGAAGCUGGUAGAGCAGGCUAACCUCCACUUCAUCGCCACGGGGAAGGUGAAGGAGACGGGCCAGAUCAUCACCGCCAUGAAGGUGGUCGCCCUGCACAUGCCCAAGCUCUCCAUCAAGGUGUCAGGGUUGAACAAAGUCAACGAGUUGAUGGUGGCCACUGUGGACUUCACCAACCCCUUCAGCUUUGUCCUGGAACACGUCUAUGUCCGCGUGGAGGGGGCGGGGGUGCUAUCACCCGUCUUCAAAUAUUACGGUCUCAUCCCAGGGGGCUCAAGGAUGACCUGCACGGAGGAGUUCACCCCCCGGAGGGCUGGCCCCACCAGGCUGAUCGCCACCCUGGACUGCGCUGCCCUCCGGCAGGUGUCCGGCCAGCUUGAGCUGGACGUGCUCCCCUGAAGGCCCAGAUGCUAAACCUCUCCGGCCCAAACCGGCUAAGGCUCUUCCCCCCUGUGGCUGGAAAAUAGUUAAUCUUUAACGGUUUAUAUUCCGAUAUAUUUUUUGCUAUCUCAAUUCUUUCAAAUUUUCGUACAUUUUGAAAAGAACAUUUAGAAUUUGUUAUAAAUUCAAUUACUGCUCUGCCUCCCGAGUCAUUAAACAGAGACAAGAGUGAUAACGUUUGAGUCACAAAAUAAGUAUUUUUACUAGAUUUGUUUGCUGCCAUGUAAGGCUUUACUUUUGCUUGACGUUACUGACAACUUUUUGUCAUGCCCGCUUAAUUUUCUUCUUACAAAACACGUACCAAAUACAUAACCAAAUAAAAAUGUAACUCAUAAGCAACAUGUAUGGUUGUGUUUAUGUGCCGAAUCCUCAUGAAAGAUAUUCAGAGGAAAGAAACAAAGAGGGAUCCGCUUGGAGAUGCGUGCUGCAUGUCCGAGCUGAACGCAAGCAGCAUUCACAUUUAAAGGGGUCAC